UCCUCCAGCGCGCAUGCGCGUCCCUAACGGGCUCUCGCUCGCUCGCUCGCUCUCCCUCCCUCCUCUCCUCCCCAAGAUGGCGGCGGCCAGGAGCGGCGAGGCGGUCUGUGGCGAUGGCCCGGCGGGAGGCAGCGGCGGCGGCCCCGGCGCCCUCAAGAGGACCCACCUGGGCAUCCCGGAGGCCGUCUUCGUGGAAGAUGUAGAUUCUUUUAUGAAGCAGCCAGGAAAUGAGACAGCAGAUACAGUGCUGAAGAAAUUGGAUGAACAGUAUCAGAAAUAUAAAUUUAUGGAGCUUAACCUAGCCCAGAAGAAAAGAAGGUUAAAAAAUCAAAUUCCUGAAAUUAAGCAGACAUUAGAAAUCUUAAAACACAUGCAAAAGAAAAAGGAAUCUACAAAUGUAAUGGAAACCAGAUUUUUAUUGGCAGACAAUCUCUAUUGUAAAGCUUCAGUUCCUCCUACAGAUAAAGUUUGUCUGUGGUUGGGGGCCAAUGUAAUGCUGGAAUAUGAUAUCGAUGAAGCCCAGGCUUUGCUAGAAAAAAAUCUCUCCACGGCCACAAGAAACCUUGAGUCGCUAGAGGAAGAUCUGGAUUUUCUUAGGGAUCAGUUCACAACUACAGAAGUCAAUAUGGCUAGAGUUUAUAACUGGGAUGUAAAGCGACGGAACAAGGACGACCCUUUGAAAAGCAAAGCAUAGUUCAGGCAGUUUUAAAAAGCAGUUUCAAUUUCCAAAGUAUUUUCUUAUUUUUUAAAAUGGUCCCCUGGUUCCGCCUUCAAAGGACUAUGUUUAAUUUAACCACUUCAGUCAAUUACAUAACAAACAAAAAACCCACCCUAAAAUGAUUGUGAGCCUCACUUUAUUUAUUUAUAAGCCUUUAUUGGGUUCUGUGCAUGCUUUGUGAAGUCACCAUGGGUUGGGAAACGAGCCGUGGAGGAUGUGGUUUUGUUGGCCUCAUAGCAAAGGGUUUGUCUAACUAAGCGACAUGCGUUACGGACUUUUAAGUCUCAGACAUUUUGGCAGGCCACUGUGCUUUGUUAAAGGAUUCACUUGUACGUUUGAUGGGGGAGGCCAAAAAAAUCUCAACAGGGAGAGAUACGGUAGCACUAAGGGGAAUAUAGUUCAUUGCAGUCACUCCUCUAGAAGCGUUCUCCAUUGAGUUCUGUUCUGAACCAUGACUGGUGUAGGCACUUCACAUUCACCCACAUGCUUAAGAGCGGGCAAGAUUAAAUCAUUGAAUAAACAGCACAACCUGUUAAUGUGGCUAUGCUCAGUUCUGUCUUUCUGUAAAAACUCUGCUCACUCAUCUAAGUUUGUAAAAAUGGGGGCGUCCAGAAACUUAACAGCCUGCUGUACUCAAGCAUCGUGCUCGCCAUCCUUUCUGUCUCGUUCCGGUGUCUUCUUGAUUGCAGAGAGACUUGGUGAAACCUGCAUUUAAAUGUGGAUGGUGUGUGAAAGAGCCUUGGCAUCGGUUGUUAUCAGGUGGAGCAUCGUUCCCAUGUUGCUUGUUAUUUCGCUUUGCAAAAGGGUUGCCUUGACACUUCCUCCUUCCUUUGAAACCACCGUGCAACACCUGAGGGUCACAAGAGCAGCAUAGCCGGCAAUGCAGGUUUCCUUUCCGAAACAAAUGUUUGUUGUGUUCUAGUCUCAUGUAAUAAACAACACCUGUAAAGUUUUUUGUACUUUUAUUUCGUUAUAUUAAAGACGGUGAAACUUAAAACAUU